AUGCCUGUACAUAUGAGAUCCGCGUUUUCAGCCGCCAUAUUGCUUCUCUGCGCGACUGCGGCUGCACAAACUACGACAUCAGCUCCUUCAACAACCGCAGCAGCCCCGGCGAUUACAGCUGUCUCAGACUGCCAUGCUCAUAGCACAGUGCAAUAUUGCAUGGUGGGGACCGAGGAGUACCAGGUUGUUGGGCCGACCAAGACGGAAGAGUUCGAGUCGCAGUACACAGACUGUCACACACAUGGCGAUGAAACGUACUGCGUGAACUCUGCAGGCGACGAUGUUCAGAUUCUCGUCGAGAGCGAAGAACAUGCCGAAGAGGAGCAUAACGAAGAGGAGGAAGAAGACACGACGCAUAACGAGGGCGAACACUGCCAUUUCCAUGCCGGUGUUGAACACUGUACUGGCGGCGAUGAAGAGGUUACUUGCGAACGAACUGAUCGCAGCUACAACAAGCCGCUACGGAUCGGACUGCUGUUCGUCAUUCUAGCUACCAGCGCUAUUGGAGUCUUCGGUCCCAUAAUCGCCUCGGCUUUCUUCCGCAUGUCCCAGAAGAGCAUCGUCUUUUGCGUGCUCAAACAAUUUGGAACAGGAGUUAUUCUUUCCACCGCUUUCGUCCACCUCUUUACUCACGCCGACCUGAUGUUCGGCAAUGAAUGCCUGGGUGAACUCUCGUACGAAGCCACCACGGCGGCUGUUUUCAUGGCGGGCUUGUUCCUCUCCUUCCUGGUCGACUACCUUGGAGCUCGCUUCCUGCUGUGGCGUGAGAGCAAGAAGCGUGCUGCAAACAACGAAGCUGGACAGUCUGCAUCUAGCGAGCUCGCGCAGAAGUCCGCUUCAAGCACCCCCGAUGGCGCAGACGUGCACGGCGAUAUGCGCGGCUCCCAUGACCAUCUGCACGGGAACAUGGACGCCAAACUAAACGUGAUCGUCCUCGAGGCAGGAAUCAUCUUCCACUCACUCCUCAUCGGCCUCACCCUCGUCGUAUCGGGCGACUCCUUCUUCCUCACCCUCUUCGUCGUCAUCCUCUUCCACCAAAUGUUCGAAGGCAUCGCGCUGGGGACCUGCAUCGCGGGGCUCCCUAAAACCGUCGCCUCCAUGUCUCAGAAGCUCCUUAUGGCUAGUGCCUUCGCGCUUGUCACGCCUCUAGGCAUGGGUAUCGGCAUUGGCGUCCUCGACCAGUUCAACGGGAAUGACCCAUCGACACUGGUGGCGAUUGGUACGCUAGACGCGCUGUCGGCGGGGAUUUUGGCAUGGGUGGGGAUUGUGGAGAUGCUAGCGCGGGAUUGGAUUCAUGGCAGUUUGCUGAAUGCGAGCGUGCUGAGGACAGGGGGUGCGAUGACGGCGCUGGUGGCGGGGAUGGCGAUAAUGAGUUUGUUGGGGAAGUGGGCGUAGGAUUUCCGCUGGUUUCUUUUCCGGGUCUUAUGGUGUAGACUGCGUGUGGAUGUGUAUGCUGGACUUCGUUUAGGUUGGCAUGGAGAUGCUAAUUCUGAUAUGGCACCUGCGACUAGUGAGAAUAGAAGAAGACGCGCCAUGUCUGGAUUACAUUGCUGUUCCGCAUGGUGCAGAACUGAAUGAGCCAAGAAAGGGUUCUGGUAGACAUCCACCCCGGAGCGGAGCCUUCAUCACGCCAUGCCCAAUUUGCCGGGUUCCCCUACCAAUUCGGCCGCGUCUUCUGGUACUAUCACUUCAAAGCCAACACCAAUCCCCAACACUGCCACCAAGAGUAAAAACGUAGGAAGUACAAGCGAGGC